UGAAAGGUUGAACGGAGCGAAAGACGAGACACGCGCAGAGGGGAGAGUAGUAGACUAGUGGAAGAGCUGACAUGCGCAAUGUUGGCUUCACUCUCGUGGGUUAUCGUUUCCCGACGCCAUUAUCGCCGAUUCCCUUUUCCUCGAGACGCAAGACGUGAUUUGGCUGAAACAUUUGACUCUCGUAGCGCCAAACUGUGCAGACGUCCUAUUUUAGUUGAGGGAGUGUCUAUGUGGUUGCUCAAACAGCUAGAGAUAGAAGCCAAAUCUACCCCAAUAUCACUCUUACAGUCUUGAAAAGCAGGGACACAAUGGAUACAAGGGUCCUGACAGGCUGCAGCAUCAUUGAUCAUAAGCCUGCUUGAUUAGUGCUGACCUGUGGCUAAACAUUAUUAUUCUACAAUCAAAUUACCAAGGCUGGUCUCUUGCAAUGGAUUACAAGGGAGGAAUGAAUGAAAACAAUGUUGAUAUCGGCAUUGCUGCUACCACUUUAAAGCCAACACCAGAAGAAAUCACUGUCAGUGUUCCAGAAAAUGUGACAGCAAUAGUCAUGAAUGAAGUUGGUGAUCCUACAGUGGCUUUGACAGGCUCUACAAAUGUAGCAGUCGAUGGUGAAGACACUGUCACAACUACUGUUGCUGAAGGGUUAACUGUAUCAAAUUCAGUUAUUAAUGUCGAAACACCAAUAGCAAAACCACCACCUCGGGUUGUAAAUACAGCACAUUUAAUGACACACAUUGUCAAUCCAGAUUUGAGUGAUGACUCAGUUUUUUCUGGAGAUGAGGAUUCCUGUGAUGGGGAGCCAGCAGAGAAGCGGAUGAAGUUAGAACAAGAUAUCAAUAUUGAUAUGGACCAAUCGUUAAAGCAAAUUUUAUUUAAUAUCAACAAGGCAAUCUGUUUAAGGCUUGAUAGUAUAGAAAACAAGCUUGAAAAUGUUGGAUUACGAACAAAAUAUUUGGAAGUUAAACUACUAGAAUUGGUAAAUCAGAAUAAGAGUGGCAAUAGCAAUACAACUUCAUACGCUACGAAACGAGGUUCCACAUCUCCUUCACGGCGUUCCGGUGCCCUUAUUGUUGGUCUUCCACAAGACAGAAAUAGUGAGGAUGAGAGUCAAUUUCAGAAAGGAAUAGAUUCUGAUAUCUUACAAACCAUGCAAUUAGAAAACAAAGACAAGAAAGGCAAGUUGUUGACUCCCAGUGAUUUCAAUUCAAAUGUGGAUAGUAACUUCAGAAAUAUUGGUCCAAAUGUUACAUUAAUAACAUUAAAUUCUGAAGAGGAUUAUCCAAAUGGGUGCUGGCUUGGUGAUGAGCUUAAUCUUGAAAUGCGGGUGCGUGUGCCUAUAUCUUCAAGUGACCUUCUUCAUAUUCAUUCUAAUUGUCGAACAGCUGAAAAAAUGGCAUUGACUCUACUUGAUUAUUUGUUUGACCGAGAAACACAAGCUUGUUCUAAUCUGUCUGGUAUGGGUAAACAUGGCAAGAAGCAGUUGGAUCCUUUGAUGAUCUAUGGCAUAUGGUGUCAUUUAAUACAACGGUUUAAGAUCAAUGAAUCUGACUGGCAACGAAUCAAACAGAACAUAGACUCCAAAUGUAGAACAGCUUUCCGGAGAAAGUUAAGAGGUUUGCCUCUUGCUGUAAAGGCUUUCCGUGGAAGAGCCCCACCAAGUUAUGUUCAUAACGCAGGGUUUAAUUUUAAUUCAGUCGUGAAUUCACAGAGUAAUUUUUAUGAUUCAAAUCUACAUGAAGACACAAAAUUUCAUAUACAACAGCAGAGUGAACUAGAUAUUCAGCAAGCUGUUACAAUGCAAGGUGAAGCCUUACAGCAAGGGGAGAUUCAAAUCCUGCAUGCUACACCAGAACAGAUAUCACAGCUACAACAUGCACAGCACAUUCAAAUUUUACAAGGUGAUCAAGUCAUACAGAAAGAGCUCGUAAUACACAAUUACCCUUCCACUCCCACCAGAUACAGAGCAUCACCUUCUUCAGAUAUUGACUGACUUCUGCAGAGAUUAAAGAUGGUUUAUUUUAUUUUCUCCAGGACCUUUUUUUGCUCCACAUUGUUGUAAACAAUCCAUUUUCAUCUCCUGUAAUUGUUCUUUUCAAAAAUGUGUCUUUAUUAUGUUUGAACUGAGAAUUGCAAAUGGAAAAGUAAUCCAUUAAAUUAUGUGGCAUCCAAACAAAGCAGUUCAUGUAUCCAACUGAUUUUACAAGUCUUGUAUGAGACAUGUGGAGUAUCUCUGUGAUGUCUAAUGUCAUGUGACCGGGAUUAUUUUUGAUUAGCAUUUUGAUUUCGUGAUCAUCAAUGACUGUAGGCUUGCCAGAAAGUUCAUGGUCUUCCAGAUCAAACUUUUCACUCCUAAACCUAGUGAACUACUUCUAAACAGUCCUCUCAGCUUUGGCACCAUCUCCAUUAACUGCAUAUAUCUUUUUUGCAGUUUGAAUAGCAUUUUUUUCUUUUCUGAGAUAAAAAGCAUCAAAUGAUAAAAAAUGCAUCUCAUUUUCCGCUAUUUUCACCUUUAACUUAAAAGCAGUAGAAAUAAACUAUCUACAGAAAGACAUGAUUUAAUGUCACCUUUCUGAAAAUAUGUCAUGUGCUUCUGUCACAUUAUCAUUAUGGAUGGGAGACCAAGUGCCAGAGCCUAGAGAGCCGAAUAAGCACUAGAGCACAAGGUACAAUAAUUAUUGAUAAUUAUUGCAAAUAAUAAAAUAGUGAAAACAAACCAAAUUAUCAGUGUUAGCAUAAAAUCGCAACAAAAAAAUUGCUUAUGAUGUGUUGGCAGUUAUGUAGGGAAGUCACAUCAUGUCGUUAUACCUCCUUUUCCAGCAUGCGCAAUCUGCACCUGAUGAUGUCUUAUAUUAUUUAAUGAAUCUGUUGCCUAGAAAAAACAUUUAGGAAGAUGAAAGGCAAUGAGAGGAUGGCAACAAAGCCGUAACAGUGGUGUGUCAUCCUGGUGGCCAAUUGCAGUUACAUAAAACAUCACAGCCAGAAAUCAAGAGUUUUACAUCCUGUGUGGUAAAUCUCUUGACCAAAAUAUGAAUAUACAACUGAUCUGAAAGAGAUAAAGUUGAUAUACAGUACUCCCAUAACUUAGUUUAUUUAUGAUCUCAUAUUUUAUCCCAGUAAACUGUCACAAUAUUAAAUGAAAUAAGAAGGAAAGCAUCUGACAAUGCAGAAAGUUUAAGAAUCCUUUAUAUUUUGCCCAAAAUAUAAAAAGAUUUAAAAACCUUUUGCAUUGUUAGAAGCUUUCCUUAUUUCAUUCAUUAUUCUACUUCUAUACUACAAUGCUUCAAGUGAACUACAACACUCUUCUGUCAACAAUAAUGUAUUUAUAGACUCAGACAUUUUCCCCUAACAAAACCACUUUAAAAUAUUUUCUAAUAAGUGUAUGAUUAAUCAUACCAGAUUUGUUGUUUUUUUCCCCCAAAAUAUACUUGUAAAAUAAGAAUGCUUCUUAUAUACCGGGAAAUGUGGUAACUGCCAUAUGAAGCAAACGACUCAUCUAAGGCUAUCUUUUUAAAAGAAAUCUUUUUAUUAUGAAAAUUUUUUCUACAAUAUUUUAAGAUUCUACUGAUAGAGCUUGGACUUUCAUGAAAUUUUUCAACUGUCAUGAAGGACACUUGAGACUCUUUGGUUAUUUUUUUUCAUCAACUUAUAAUUAAUGUUAAUUUAAAUACUUUGUCUGCAAGAUUUUUUUAUCGUCACUUAUGAAUAUAAAUACUUCUUGCUGCAAAGUAAUAAUUAAUUGUAAAUAAAUUACAAAUUGAAGCUUUAUAAAAUAUUUUCUUAAUGUUAUUUUAAUAUAUGUCAGAUCUCUCCACACAAACAUACAUAGCCUUCAUCAUUUUGCAUCUGCUUUGCUGGCAUACCACUGCAUGUGGUGCAGUCCUCGUUGCAGUAUGAUAGUUUGCGUGCAUCAGUGACUCAGAACCAUGCUAGCGGAAUGCAGUUCCCUGGUAGGGAUUCCCAUGUUGAACCAGUUAAAGCCUCACUAAUAUGGACCAUUUCUUCCCCAAAGUAAAAAUGGAUUUGCUUAGGGCCAACAUCCCUACCAAGACAAAAGCACAGUUACAGAAGCAUCAAUGACAAUUCAAAGCCAACAAGACCUUUGAGGGGAAGCAGGAAAGACAGCCAUGAGUUAAGAACAGAGGAGAAAAGAUGCUGAUGGCCUAUGCUACAGAGGAAGUGAAGAGCUUAAGUAACUUGAAUUCAGAGUUACUUUCUUCCCAUAUUGGUCAGAGAAGCACAGCUUGCUCAAAUGUGUCAUGAUUAUAUGCUUUUCUAAAAACCAUUAGAGUGUAGGUCAGUGGAGCCUGGUAAAUGUUUUUCACUGGAGGAAAAGCUUUCAAAUAUUGAAUUUAUAUUUACAUCACAUGUAUUUUAUGAAGAAUAUAUAUGAAUUUCUAAGCUAUCAUUUUAAACUUCACAAAAAUGUAUUGAGAAUAAUUUACCUACGUUUUUACACUUAUUAACCUGUAAAAUGAGAUUUUUCAACCAUGUAUAAGAUACUGAAGGAAGUAACAUUUGAUCGAAUUCUAUAAUCAAUUUCCAGUUCCCAGCCAUAACUAUAUCCCUUUGAAUAUAGUAUCUGAGACAAUUACAAUAUCUUUCUUCCUGAAGACUAACCUGUUAUCAAUGAAUAUCUUAAACCUAGUUAACCGCUUGGAAUUUUAUGCCACAUUUAAUAAAAAUAAAAUAUUUCACCUAAUAGGUAGUUAUGGACAGCAUCAUUGAUAAGAUAUAAUUUAGGAAAUAAAAAGACAUUGCUCCUUAAAAAGUAUCACAAGAAAGUUAAGAGAAUUUUGCAAAUUAUUUUAUUAAAAUUUUGUACAUUUUUAGAGUAUUUAUUUUCAUAAUAUAUUACAAAUCAUGGCUCUGUCUCAAUUUCACAAUGAAUUAAAUUUUCUAAUACCAUUCCAUUCCAUUACUAAAUAAAAUUAGUUGCUUUAAGACUAGCUUUCUUCCAUUAUGCUAGUAAUGAUCUUGCAACUAAAAUCUCUCAGCACACAUAACUUCUUCAUAUGACAAGCUAGAUUGUACGGGAAUUUCCAGAGCAAGAUUGAA